AUGGUUAUGCUAUAAAGAUUUGUUUGACUUUAAUUUCAUUCUCAUAUGCUGUUUGAUUGCCAUAAAGUAAUCUUUGAUUGUUAUUAUCUUCUGAGUACUCACUCCUAUGAAUAUGUGGAAGAAGAUGAAUUUUCAAGAACAAGAUGCAGUUCAAUUGAUCAAUUCAGAUUUCAGGGACCUGAGUCUUGCUGCUAAUAAACUUGCCCAACAUGCCAUCAAACUCGGUGGCCUUGGCUUUGGAGCCUCUUUUUUCGGAUUGAUUGCUGCCAUUGCUGCCGUUUAUUUGUUGGUUUUGGAUCGUACAAACUGGAGGACAAAUAUUCUCACAGCACUACUCAUUCCAUACAUUUUCUUCAGCUUGCCGUCCUUGAUUUUUGCCGUCUUCAGGGGAGAAAUUGGAAGAUGGAUUGCUCUUAUUGCUGUAGUAUUGCGGCUUUUCUUUCCAAGUCGCUUCCCCGAUUGGCUAGAAAUGCCUGGUUCUUUGAUUCUUCUAAUUGUUGUGGCUCCUAGUCUUUUAGCAGACACCUUUAGAGGAAACAUUGUUGGGGUGAUAGUAUGCCUUAUAAUUGCAUGUUAUUUGCUACAAGAACACAUUCGGGCAUCUGGGGGCUUCAGAAACUCCUUCACUAGAGCCCAUGGCAUAUCAAAUUCCGUUGGCAUAAUAAUUCUGUUGGUAUAUCCUGUUUGGGCAUUGGUGGUCUGUCUUUUAUAGGCAGCAGCAUUUGGACUUGGUUUGCAUGUUUGAAUUAAACGAAUUGUUGUCUCUGUCAUUCAUUUGUUGGAAGUUGAUAUCUAGAAAUACCCUGUCAUUUCUUUAUUAUUCACGUGUCUAGGUGGUUCGCAUAUGUAAAAAUGUCAAAUCAAAUUUAAUUGAAAAACUUUUUGGCUUCAUCGAAUGUAAAAAGCACAAGAAGAUGAAGAGGAUUGAUGUUGUAUCUUUCUAGCAUCUUGUGUGUUCACAAUCAUGUAUGAUUUGGGAAAUCGUUGUAUUUUCACCUGCGGGAUAUUUAUACAAAUUUACAUCCAUUGUUGCGCUCUAUUUUUUUACCUUCAUGUUUUCAGCAAAUGCAAUCCUAAAUACUUCAACAAGAGAAUUAUGAAUUCCCUCUGAACAUGAAAAGUCAAUAUGCCAAAUAGAAUGUCAAAAUACCAGAGGUUUUCGGAACUUGCAGGGGUGUCAUGAAAAGUAUAGGAAGUUUGAAAGAAGUUGCAACAUUUUAUGUGAAACUUUUUAACUUGUACUAGUUUUAUCUUUAUCACACUAGAAAUGUAAUUUGCGCCAUCUUUUUAACCUAUCAUUAU